AAUUUGGAUAGUGUGCUGUACUGUAGGGCUGCCCUGGCGCAAGGAUUCAGUAAAAUGGACAUGUUGUGUGUAAUAUCAGGUAGCCGACUCAUGAGGUUUUUAUAUUUAAAAGGUAUUGCCCGAUUUUGUAUUAUUGUUGUGUAUGUCUUUUUUUGGGGUGUUCUUUGACUCUUUUUGCCACAUUCUCAAAAAUUGCAAUUCCCGUUGAGCAGUCAUCGUCAUGGUCCAAGCUUAUCGGUUCUGUUUACUCCUGUAUUGCUAGUCGCACAAGGUUAUGUUCUUGGGCCAACUUUCUUUUCAAUGUUCAAGAAUUAUACCGUAUGUGACCAAAAUAAAAUUGAUUGAUUGGUUAUAUCAUGGCUAUUGGGUCAUCGAUAUUGGAGUCUGAAACAAAGUGACGUUUUCAAACCUUAUUCACCCCAUUGAUUCGAUCAUAAAUUUUUCUCGACUACAAAGUCUUGCUUAGAAGGUCAGUCAAGUCAAUGUGAUAGCAACUCGCUUAGUAUUUGUAAUGUAGUUUUCUGGUUGAUGGAUAAUGAUAAUAUUUUCUAGAUUAAAUUACAGGCCAAUUAUUCAUUCACUGGAAAUGGAUCGAAUUAAUUUUUUUGAUCUCACAUUUGAUGAUGAAUUUGCAAAACCGGCAUUCAUGCCAGAAAUUAAAGAAGAAAUUAUUGAAGACGGUCUGUCAUUUUUCAAUGAAAAUCAAACUGAAGUUACCAAUAUCUUUGAGAAAAUCAAUUCUCUUUGUAAUCUGGAGGCUGACGACUCUUUUAUAUCCGAAAAUAGAGAUUUAUUUGAUGAACAAAGAAUUUGUUUGGAAAAUAACUAUAUCGAAGAGCUUUUGUUGGGUAAUAAAAGAAAGAAAAAACGUCGAAAGAUACCCCGUAAAUGUGAAGUUUGUGGCAAGAUUUUGACAGAUAGAAGUACAUACUGGAAGCACAAGCAGGUUCAUUUAUCAGAUAAAGCUUAUAAAUGUGAGUUUUGUCCGAGAACAUUUAGUGGCAAGGAAAGUUUAAUUGUGCAUCGGUUUGAACAUACUGGACAAUAUGCUUAUAAAUGCUCCAAGUGCGGUAAACAGUUCCGAAGUCGCUGGGGGCUGACUCUACAUAUUCGAACCCAUACUGGGUAUAAGCCGCAUGGUUGUCACGUAUGUGGGAUGAGAUUUUCUAAUACUGGAGAUAUGGGGAAACACUUGAAGCGACAUUUUGCUGUAAAGUCGUACAAAUGUGAAAGUUGUGGGAAGGAAUUUGUUUCUUCGAAAGAGCUCAAAAUACACUUUAAUAGAGUUCACUCAAAUGAGAGGCUCCAUAAAUGUGACAAGUGUGAUAAAUCUUUCAAAACUAGAGCGGAUAUGUUACGACAUGAAAAGCAUCAUCUUGCUUUGAGAAGCUUUUCAUGCCCAAUCUGUCAAUUUACCUGUUCAAUUAAACAUAAUUUGGAAGCGCAUUUCAAAGUACACUCGAGCGAGAAGUCUUUUUUCUGUGAGGUCUGUGGCAAGCAAUUCAAACGUGCAGGAGAUGUUAAAAAGCAUAUGGCAACUCAUUCUAAUAAAAGACCAUAUCAGUGUAAAUUCUGCGAUAAAACCUACAAAGCUGCUAAACAUUUGAGUGUUCAUGUCAAUCGAGUACACACCGGUACCAGGGACAUUGAAUGCGUGCAAUGCAAAAAGAAAUUUUUCGAUACUGCAUCGCUUAAAAAUCAUAUUAAGAUACAUAUUGGCAAAAAGCGAUUUUCAUGUGAAGUAUGCAACAAACGUUUCCUAGUGAAACAUAAUUUAAUAACACAUGAACGAGUGCACACUGGAGAAAAACCAUUCAAAUGUAGAAUUUGUGGACAACGUUUCACGCAAAUGCCGAAUAGGGCACGUCAUGAAGAAAGACAUAUAUUGAAAAAUACAGGCUUAAAAUCUUUUUCAUGCAAAAAAUGUGAUAGGUCAUUUUUAACUAAAGACUAUCUAAAUCAUCAUUCUGUGAUUCACUCUACUGAAAAACCCUUUUCAUGUGAUUUUUGUGGAAAAUUGUUUCAUUUCAAGACUAACUUGGAAAUUCAUCUUAGAGUUCACACAGGAGAAAAACCGUACAAAUGUGAAGCAUGCGGGAAGUCAUUUUCUCAGCACAGCUCUUGGAAACAUCAUGUCAAAGAAAAUGUGUGUGCAAAAGAUGUGCAUAUGUAAGCAAAAUUUAAGUCUUUCAAUGAAUUUUUUUAACACAAAGUGGACUGAUGGAUCGUUAUGGCUAGAAGCAGUGAUGGGAUUCAAAUUUUUCGUCGGCCUGUUCCUUCACAAAAGUCAUAUUUUUCAGCCGGUUCUGUUUCAAACAAAACAUUGACAGUAACCAGUAAUGCUAACCGG